AUGAAUGUGUCGCAACAUGCGGUCUACACUAUAUCAUUGUUAUUUAUAUAUGUGAACGCCUAUACGAAGCAGAGAGAACCAGUCUACAGUACAUCUUCAAUAUACAUUCCAAAGAAGGCCGAUGUCGCUAACAGGAGUAGCGUGUCUCCAGAACAGAAAGAAAUGGUGCGGGACAGUCCCACAAAUCCAGCAGAUGAUUGGCGAUCAACACUGUUUGGAGAGCAAGGUAUUCUGACUGCAAUAUUCAGAAUGCUAGACCAACAAAGAAAAAUAGCAUCAAACAAUCCUUCUUAUAAGAUAAACGAUGUGAAUAACUUUGAUUUGAAGAAGGUGUUCGAUAUGUUACUAAGAGAGGAUGCACGUGGAGACUUCGUCGAUCCGAAAUCUGAACUUUCGGAGUUUCUUGGACUUUGCAAUAAACUCAGUUGUGGCGAUAUAUACAAGUCGAUUGAUAAAUUCAGACGGUCCGAGCUUUUCACUAACUUCCAGAUAGCACUAAGUCUCAUACAAGAUCCCAACGGAUGGGAAACAAUUGGAAAUCUUCUAUCGAACCCAGAGCUUAUUUCACAAUUUGUUGCCGGUACGGGAAUGGAGGAACUCGUCGGAAGCGCACUAGGUGACAAGAAAGAAUUAGCAAAAAAGCAGGAGAUGAAGUCGAAAUUGAUGCCAGAAGAUGGAGAUUUUGGCAUCGAGUUCAUCGACGGUACCGACGAGAAGGGUUUACCCGAGAAGAAGACCGAAGGAGAGCUACCAGAAAUAGAUUUCUCGGUUGACGGCAAAGGUGGCGAAGACUACUACGAGCAAGUCUCAGAAGUCAUAGACGAAACCACCCCGCCACCGGUGGCUACAUCCACUCUGGCAAUGACUACAACCACAACUAUGACAACUGAACCGCCCUUACCGGAGAUAUCCUUCUCGAUUGAUGGCGAUGGCGAGGAAGUCGAGACUGUUCAGGUGCCCGCACCGUCUAUAAACAUUCAGGUGGUUCCUUCGCCCAACUCAACACCUCCUCCUGCCAGACCUCCGAGUUUCAUGCGAAGGUCGGUCAGUACAGUAUAUCCACCCAUAAUAACAAGAACCUCGCCGACGACGACAUUACCAACUACGACAACGGUACGAACAACAGUGCGGACGACAACCACGUCGCGGUUGACGACAACUGUUCGCAACCAUCGCAAAGAUAGUGAUUAUUAUGCCAUGUACUAUGACGAGCAGCCACAGAAAUUAUUGCUAUACUCAGGACAUGCCCACAUAUUAGCGAGGAACAAGUUUCAUGCCUCUGCUUGUAGCGAGGUACCACAGCCUUUCUCGAGAAGCGAGAUGUCUCAUAACAGAAAGAAGGAUGAAGAAAGACGUCAUCACAUUGAGUUUCUGUGUGGAUGGGCAGCUGGAUGUAUUGAAACCUGUAUUUUGUAUCCAUCGAACAAGAUUAUAUUUCGCCAGCAGUUACAUGGUUUCUCAGCCAAGGUAGCAUGGUCUCAGGUGAAAUCGGAAGGGAUACAUAGGCUCUAUCGAGGUCUCUUACCUCCACUCAUCAUGCGCACCUCGUCCCGUGCCGUAAUGUUCGGCUUAUAUGAUAAAUUCCAAUCUUCGCUCAGAUGUCCCCACUCUCCACCAAAUACCUCGUUUACACUUUGUCAUGCUCAAGCAGCCUUUCUAGCCGGUAUCUGUGAAGCCUCGCUUUGCCCCUUGGAGCGGGUUCAAGUGUUACUGCAAACGUCUGCUUUCCAUGAUCGCUUCAAGAAUACCGCUGAAACAUUUUGGGCCUUACGAGCUUUUGGCUACCGAGAGUAUUACCGUGGAAUCUCUAUGGUGAUGAUAAGAAACAGCCUGUCAAAUGCCCUUUUCUUUACGCUCAGGGAGCCGUUCAAAAAAGCAGUGAUGGAUGCGAAACCUACGCGCAGCCUCAAUACCACAAGGAUUCUGGCAGAUUUUGCUUCUGGUGCUAUCCUCGGUGCUACAAUAUCGACUGUCUUCUUCCCUUUGAACGUUGUCAAGAAUCAUAUGCAAAGCAAGGUGGGCGUAGCCUACGACAAUCCCCUCAGAGUCUUUUCCGAAGUAUGGCAAGAGCGGCAAAGAUCUCUUCGAGGAUUGUAUCUGGGGGUUCAUCUGAACUUCACUCGUUCACUGCUAGCUUGGGGUAUAAUAAAUAGCACUUACGAGCUGCUUCGUCGGACAUUCAGGCCCCUGGAAGACGAGUAGUGUUUUUCAUCUGGUAGCCGAAACAGCCGCCAGUAUUGUUAAGAGUCCAGAGUAUCUAUGGCAUAUUGAAAUUUGCUUUUUCGGCUUGUUCUUUUUAGAUUACAAGUUGAACUGUAAUGUGAUU